AUAUCACUAUUGUACCGGAAGUUAAUCUUGCUUGUGUUGACUGUGCUGCCAGGUGCUGCUUUCUUGCAUGCGCAAUAUCUAGUCGCUUGUCAGCAACUAAUUAUUUUUUCAUAAACACUUCCGUGUCUUAUAAUUGUUCAGGAUUGCUGUAAGAUUUCAUACCAGAACAUUACACAUUCUCAAGGAUCGGGAAUUUAUUGUAGCUCUCCGUUCUUCAACUGUCUCCUCGCCUUUCAAGCUGGGGAAAAUUCACAUAGAAGAAUUUAUACCAGUUUUACAACCUCCGACGUGAAGAACGACAAAACCCUUUUCAACCAUGUCACUGGCCACCAAGCGCAAGCAUGUGGUAAAGGAAGUGUUGGGUGAUUUCGUCACCCCCACAGAAAGUCAGCAGAUUGUUCGGGUUGUAGGCAGUCCUGGGAAUAACCUUCACGAAGCAGUGACCGCGGACGGUAAACGGUUCCUGGUCAGCAUGCCCACCAAAUUCCGUAAGAACAUCUGGAUCAAAAGAGGGGAUUUUGUCAUUGUCGACCCCAUUGAAGAAGGAGAGAAGGUGAAGGCAGAGAUCAGCUUCAUACUCUACAAAGACCACAUCCGACACCUGCAAACAAUUGGAGUCUGGCCAGAGGGUUUCGUGGAGGACUCCACCCUGGAAGAAAGAAGACGGGGCCAGCAGCAGGAAGAGAGAGAAGAAGAACAACACGAAGAUGAUGGAGAGAUGACCGACUCAGAAGAGGAUGACAGCGACCUUUUUGUCAACACAAACCGCGUCAACUACCACUACAGCGAGAGUGAGGAAGAAACCAGUGAUGAGGAAGAGGAUGAGGAAGAUGAAGAAAGCAGGGAGAACGUUAUAGUUGGAAAAGACUAAUAACUGAACCCCUUUCCCUGAAGAUGUCAAUACGUUGGUAUGCUGUUUGAUAAAUAGGUAAUUUAGAUAGUAAAUCAAGAAUUCAGCGGUUUCAUCAGGAAAGGGACCAUAUGUGAAUUAUAGAACAGCAAUCCAAUCACGCAAAAAAAAACUUUAACUCAUUGUGUACAUGGAAAAAACAAUAUUUUUUUCUUUGAACUUUGCAUUUAGUUGCAUGGGAAAGGAGCCAUGGAGACAUUUUUAUCUUCUACAACCUUCUAAAACCUGUAUGAAUGAGUGUACAAGUACAUUCCUGUAUAUAUGAUGUAAUAUUACAUUUCAUUUUGUCUGUAACAGACAGUGCAGAUGGUUUGAUUAAUAAAUGAUUUAAAGGGCAUGUUUGGAUGGGAUCAAGUUCAUUGGCCAUUUUAGUCAUAGUUCCUGCAGGAAACUUUGUGUACCACACUCAGAAAAUACAUUACGAAAAAAGUGCCUAUAAAGUUAGAAAUGCUUGUCAUUAGGGUGGUACCGUAGAGGUACAUAAAAUUGUAGCAGCAAUAAAAGAGGAACAUUUGUUACCUAGAGAACAAAAAUGUACCUCUACUGUACUUUAUUUCUAAGAGGAUAGACUCCAUGAUGGACUGUGCUAAUCUUAGUACACACUUACGCAGUGAGUCCAUAACGUUUGGGACAAAGACACAUUUUCUUUGCUUUGGCUCUGUACUCCACAGCUUUAGAUCUGUAACCAAACAAUUCACACAUGGAUAAAGUGCAAUUCUUAGCUGUCAUGAAAGGGCAUUUUUAAAAAAAAUACAUUUAGUUUUUAUCAUGUACAAAAUGUUUUGAAAGGACAUUUUAGAGGAACCUACAUUUUCAUAUUCUACGUUUACUAUUCCAGCAUAUAUGGAGAUACAGUGUUGCUGUUCGUUCUUGGCAGUUGUCCUGUCCUCACUGAGAACGUUAUCUGAAAUGUAUUUUGACUAGCACCCCUAUCUCAAGAACUUGUCUUAAUGCACAGACAUGUCACUAAAAGUAAUCCUUCCUCUGCAGUGUGAAAAGAAGCAUUCUAAGAAUCCCAAAAAGAGUCGGGCUGUGUUUGACUGGGAAUUUCAAAUUGGGGAUAAAAAACAACAUAAUGGUAAUGAUGUUUCAAACAGUCUGUCAGAAAGCCUGUGGUUGGCUUAUUUCUAGGACUUUUUCCUUGACUUUCAUUGGUUCAUAUUGACAAAUAUAUAGGGGCAACAUGGCUCAGGCAGUAAGAGCAGUCGUCUGGCAGUCGGAGGGUUGCCGGUUCGAUCCCCCGCCCGGGCUGUGUCGAAGUGUCCCUGAGCAAGACACCUAACCCCCAAAUGCUCCUGACGAGCUGGUUGGUGCCUUGCAUGGCACAUGAGUGUGUGUAUGAAUGGGUGAAUGAGAAGCAUCAAUUGUACAGCGCUUUGGAUAAAGGUGCUAUAUAAAUGCCAACCAUUUACCAUUUACAAAUGCCAAAAACGGACUCCAAAGGCAAUCAAAAGAGAAUGAAGACUAGAUAUGGAAAGAAGUGAUUAAACAUGACUGAUCAGAAACAGCUGAGAAAUCAACUGCCCAAUUACUUUUGCUCCCCCAAAGUGGGGGAACUAUAUAAAAAUGGAUGUCAUUCCUACACAGAUCUCCCAAUAUUAAGGUACAUACCCUCACAUUAAACAGUCUGCACUUCAACCAUGUUCAUUGUUUCAUUUCUAAUCUAAUGUGCUAGAGUACAGAACCAGAAGAACAGAAAUGUUACCACUCUCCAAAUACUGUGUAUGCAUUUUACAUAAACUUGUGUUUUUUUUUCUCACUCUCUUUUUGGAGGGCACUAAAUAUCUGGAGGCUUUGAUUUGAAGCAAAUUUUUAGCACAAGCUGAACAAACAUGCAGUGAGAUCUCAUAGUAAUGCUUCUUGUAUAACUAGAUAUACAGUUGUUUAUUCUUUGUGUUGCUGUAUUCACUGGGCACCAUUGUAAAAAAAGCAUUGCUCUCAAUUGCCCCCUUCCUGUUUAAAUAAAGGUUUCUAUUCUA